AUGGGGAUUCGAACCGACCUUACUUCGUGCGAAGGAACCGUUUUCAGCGAGGACAUUCUGAAAAUUGAGAUAUGCGGUCCUGGUGAGGACUAUUUAACAGUGAUCGAUGUACCGGGCAUUUUCCGCAACCCGAGUGAGGGAAUCACAACCAAAGCUGACAUUCAGCUUGUCCAAAAUAUGGUACGAGGCUACAUACGGCAUAGCCGUACGAUCAUCCUUGCCGUCCUACCCAGCAAUGUCGACAUUGCCACUCAGGAGAUCCUUACAAUGGCAGAGGACUUUGACAAGAGCGGAGAGCGUACUCUAGGUGUAUUGACAAAGCCCGAUUUGGUAACAGAGCAAAGCGCGCAAGUUAACAUUUGCAAUCUGGUUCUAGGAAAAAAGAGACCACUCACACUUGGAUACUAUAUCGUCCGGAGCCGAGGUGCGGAUGAUGUGGAUGCCUUCAAUCUUUCGGAAGCGGAAAACAUGUUUCUCAAGACACCUUGGAGCACACUACCCAAAGAUCGCCUGGGUGCAGUCGCUCUGAAAGCACGACUCUCUGAGCUCUUGGGUCAGAUUACCCGAAAGGAAUUUCCGGAGCUCCUAAAAGAUGUUCGCAAGCAACUAUCUGACUGCGAAGAAGAUAUGAAAGACCUCGGUCCGGCGCGCCAAACAGAGAAAGAGCAGCGACUGUUUCUAAGUAGUCUAGCAAGACGUUUCCAGAAGCUCGUCGAAGCUGCUCUAAGUGCGCGAUACUCUUCUCACGCUAUCUUCGAUAAAGUAGAGCCUAGAAUCAUUACAUACGUAGCCAAUCUCACCGAAACAUUCGGUUAUGACUUUGCGCGGAAGGCACAUCUACGACAUUUUGAAACGACUGAGUCGAAUGAGGAGGAGGAGGAAGACGAUGAAUCAGACAAAGAUGUUGAAGAUGACCUGUCGGAGGAUGCAAAUGCCCGAGAAAGGGCUAUUCUUCUUGAAGACAUUGACUUGGAUGAGUACAGCGUCCUUGAUAAUAUCAUCAGCAAGGACAGCGAUAUCGAAAACCCUAGAAGCGGCAUAACGAGCUGGACCGAGAAGCUUUAUUUGCAAUCUCGCGGCGUGGACUUGGGUAUUUUCGGCGGAACAAUCCUUUCCAGCGCUUUCAGGGAGCAGUCCGACAAAUGGCCAUGUAUGGCCAAGAUGUACGUUAGCCGUGUCAUAGUGGUCAUCCACCGUUUCAUGAUGAUUGCUCUAGACACGCUUUGUGCAGACUCAUGCGUUCGGGAGGAAAUAUGGGCUUCAAUCCUCGACGAAGUGCUUACGAAAUACAAAGCAGCAUUACAUCAAGCAACAUUUCUCGUUUCUUUGGAGAGAGACAAGAAACCAUACACUGUAAACAACUAUUUCAACGAGAAUCUUCAGAUCGUUCGCGGAAAUAGAAAGGCAGCUAUGUUGAAGGCAAAGUCUCGACAAGAGAUCAAGAGAGGGUUCCACAAUUCCGCCCAGGUCUCUGACAAUCUCAUCGUGGACCUUGAGGAUGUCAGAAGCACGACCAUAAACAAAAGCAACGUUGAUCAAGUCAAGGAAGAAAUCCACGACAUCUUGUGGUCUUAUUACGAGGUGGCUAGGAAACGAUUCGUCGACAACGUCUACCAGCAAGCGGUCGAUCACUGCUUACUCACCGGACCCAGAAGCCCUCUUGCUGUGCUUACACAAGAAUGGGUUAUUGAACUGGACGGUGAACGGCUGGAGAUGAUUGCAGGGGAAUCAUCAUUGACAAAACAGCAGCGAGUGAAUUUGUCGAAUAAGAUUGAAGAUUUGGAAGCCGCAUCGCGAAUCCUCCAACGCUGA